AUGUUUACUUGUAUUGCCUCAUAUCAUUGUUGUAUCAUCACAACGUUAAUUGCAGUCAGUGUUGCAAUACCUACAUUCACGGAGACGAUCCAUCUAGAGAAAUUGUCUACGGUUUACCUGCCUUACAGAUACGAGAACGAUGUCGGACAGUUCAUGUAUCCUUCAGGUGCCGCAGAACAGACGGCGUACGAUCCCGCCUCACAGUUCAUUUAUAUUGUCGGAGGUGACGUUCUACAUGUCCUGGAUAUCACCGACGUGUCCAACCCAACCGUGAUCUACUGGCAGCAGUUUAUUAACGUCGAUCUAACAGAUGUGGAAUUCUGUGGGGAUCAUCUGUUUGUGGCUGUUGACAACAAUAGCAAUAAAGAAAAUGGGUUUAUCAACGUUUAUAGAAAAUAUAACACAACCACUGGAACACUUGAUUUGAUGCACAGAAUAACAGUUGGUUCACUUCCCGACAUGAUAUAUCCUACAUCUGACUGUCUAACAGUCGUCGUGGCUGUAGAGGCAGAAGCCUAUCACAACGGCUCUCACUUCGUCGAUCCAGAAGGUGGUGUUGGCAUCAUUAAAUUCACCACAAACGCCGGCGUAAAUGGGGCGUAUCAGUACAGGAAACUCGACUUCAGGAAGUUUAACAAUAAGUGGCAGGACUUGGUAUCCCGUGGGGCCCGGUUUAUCUACAGAGAGAACAACAACACGUUCUCCAAUGAUUUGGAACCGGAGUAUAUCACAUUUAACAAGGAUGAGAGCAUCGCAUACCUAUCACUACAGGAGAACAAUGCAAUUGCAGAGGUUGACGUGAGAACACAGAACAUUACCAACAUUCAUCCUCUUGGUUUUAAAAACUGGACUAAUUCUGAACUAGAUUCAAGCGAUAGAGAUCAAAAAAUCAACAUCCGUCCUUGGCCAGUGAUGGGCAUGUAUCAGCCUGACUCCAUCAAAGCAAUACAUAUAAAAGGGAAAAGUUAUCUUGUGACAGCCAACGAAGGAGACUCCAAAGAUUAUUCGGGUAUACCAGGAUCUGGUGGUUUCAAUGAGGAAUCAAGGGUUUCAGACCUUAACAUAAGUGCCUCUUCAAUAAUCACGCGUUGGGCCAACCUGAAUGGAUUCAGUGGCACUCUGGAUGAGGACGAAAAUCUAGGGCGGUUGAAGGUUUCUAAAUUAGAUGGACAAUCAGGUGACACAUACGACACAUUGUACGCUUACGGAGCCAGGAGUAUCUCAAUAAUUGACCUCGAUACAUUUGAACGAGUGUACGACAGCGGGGGCGAAAUGGAAAGAAAGGUUGCUGAAUAUGAAAAUGCGUUGUUUAAUGGAGAUGGAUUAGCUGAAAUUGUUUCUACGACGAAAGAUUCCCGGUCUGACGACAAGGGGCCUGAGGUAGAGGACUUGGCUGUUGGUGAAAUCGGAGAUUUGAUGUUGUUAUUCGUCGGCUUGGAAAGACCUGGCUUCAUUGCAAUAUAUUCCAUACCAGACGGUAUCAAUUCUAUACAGUUCGAGAGCAUUUACACCGGUAUUCCCAUAACAAAUGACACGUUUGAAGAUCUGUACAACCAGCGACAAAUCAGUGAAAUUGAUCCCGAGGAUAUCAGGUUCAUCAGUGCGCAGGAUAGUCCAAACAAGAAACAUAUACUGUGUAGCGCAGGGGCACUCAGUGGUACUCUAUCAAUUUUUGAGAUAAAAGGAUUAAACAACGAUGUCACUAGCAGUGGAGUCCGCGCUGUUGACCAUGUUGGAGUUUCCUUUAUGGGGUGUAUACUAAUUAUAGGUACACUGAUCUCAUCAAUCUUUGGAUGA